UGACAGCUCAUUGCACACAAGAUGGCCAGUUUUCCAUUGCUGUUUCUCGAGAUGUGACCCUGCCACCCGUUGCCCUGGACUCAGUGCAACUGGCCAGUGGACACAGUACUGGCUGUGUCCCUGUCCUAACAAACAAUGUCUUUGUUGUGUACCAGUUUCCGCUCUCUGCCUGUGGCACUACUUUUCAGAUGACUGGAGACCAGGCCAUAUAUGAGAAUGAGCUGGUGGCAAGCAGGGAUGUGAAGACUGGGAGCCUUGGCUCUGUCACUAGGGAUAGCACUUUCAGGUUACAUGUCCAAUGUACUUAUUCCAUCAGUGGGAGCUCCGUUCCCUUGAGUGUUCAGGUCUUCACGUUGCCACCACUCCCUGCUCUGUCCCAGCCAGGCCCUCUGUCUUUGGAGCUGCAUGUUGCCUCAGAUGGAAGCUAUACUUCCUACUAUAUGGACAGUGACUAUCCUGUUGUGAAGACUCUGAGAGACCCUCUCUAUGCAGGGGUCAAGAUCCUUCAGAGAACAGACCCAGACCUGAUUUUAGUUCUGCACCUCUGCUGGGUGGCACCAAGCACCAACCCCCAGCAACAGCAGCAGUGGCCACUUUUGGUGGAUGGGUGCCCUUAUGCAGGGGACAACUAUCAGACACAGCUGUCCUGCCUGCCUAGU